AUCAAAUGCUCUAAACUUUACAUGAAAACAGAUUAUAAAUUGCAUAUAAAACAAAAUGAUGAGUGUGCUGACCACUGUAUCAACUUGGCUCUUAGUGACCCUAGUGAUGCACUCUUACAAAAUCCAUGCCAACACAUACACAAUAUCAAGUGUGACAGAUGUGAGCUGUUUCCUAAUCUUAUUAAAUUACUGAAAGAGAAGAUUUCUAACACAAACGUGUAUGAUCAAGAACAGAAAUGUGAUCUGCUGAAAGAAAUUGAAAUAGCAGAAUGUAAAGUAACUGAUUGGAAAAGCCAUGUUUUAAGAACAAUUAACCAAGAUGAAGGCAGAAUGAAUCUCCUGGAAAAGUUGGAUCCAAACCAAAUGUUAGUAGUGAUGGAUUGGGCAAUGAAAUUCCUUCCAUCACUACACAGAGAAAAGCAAUCCGACUUCUAUGGACAGAAGGGGUUAAGCUGGCACAUUUCAGUGUGCAUUUUCAAGAACACCAAUGGGAAACUAAAGCAUGAGACUUUUGCCCACUUGUUCAAUUUAGUGAAACAAGACUGGUUUGCUGUGGCAUCAAUUUUAGAAAAUGUUUUGGUGAAUGUCAGGGUCAGAAUGCCAAUUAUCACUGAAGUAUUUUUAAGAUCAGAUAACGCUGGAUGUUACCACACCGGACUCCUAUGGCAGGCUAUUUAUGGGAUCAGUGAACGGACAGAUAUUUUCAUCCGAAGAUAUGAUUACAGUGAGGCACAGUCUGGGAAAUCGUAUUGUGACAGCAAAAUCGCGCACAUGCGACGAAAGAUGAGGAUGUAUGUUGCAUCAGGUGGAAACAUACAAAACCCUGUAGAUAUGAGAGAUGCGAUUCAAAGUGGAAAAGGAGUAGUAGGGUGCAGAGUAGCAGUUGCUGAAAUAAAUACAGAAAAACAGCAGAUUUUUAGCCAUAAAUGGAAAGGGGUCCAAAAUAUAACGAACUUGGAGUUCAUGGCAGAGAAAGUUAUAAUUUGGAAAGCCUAUGGUAUUGGCAACGGAAAUUCUAUUCCUAUGUCAGAGGUUAAAAAAAUGUCUUGUGAUCAAGAAGAAACAGCUUUGAUAAUCACACAUGAUUUUAAUGAUAUAAUACAAACAAGAAGUGUUACCUUACCAAAGAAAAGAGCCAACCCAGUCGAAUCAGAAGACAACGUAGAAUUAGAACAGGAAGCCACAAGAACUGAGGAUUUAGAAAAUUUAUCUCACUCAAGUUCUUCAGUUUUUAAUUGCUCUGAAAUCGGCUGCACCAAACAAUACCAAUCCUUCUCCAAACUACAAAAUCAUAUAGAACUGAGAAAUUUUGAAAAAGUCCAAGAAUCAUUAAAUGAGAUAAAUGAACACCAAGUAGAUUGUGGAUGGGCUCUUAGAAAAGGAAAAAAAGUUAUUAGGCACUCAAAAGCUGUGAAAGAUUAUCUUUUACAUCUUUUCACCAUUGGACAAACUACAGGGAAAAAAUUUAGUCCAUCUGAAGCAGCCUUGUUGAUUAGAAAUAGUCGGGAUGAGGAAGGAAGAAAAAUGUUUCAACCAGAAGAAUACCUCCUUACAUCACAGGUGGCCUCAUACUUUUCUAGACUGGCUUUAUUAUCCAGGCAGAAUCAGCUUUCAAGAAAAGAACAGGACAAUUUGAAUGAUGAAGACUUGGCUGCUGUUUUGUCAUCCAUUGAGGAAAAUGAAGUUCGCCAAAACAUUCUUCAAACACAUUGA